AUGGGUCUCAUCAAAAGAGAAGGGUUCUUAUUAUUAUUGUUGAUGAGCCUUGCUUGCUUCGUUGUAUUUGCAACAGCAACAAGGGACUUGGCCAUGAAGGCAAAACAACACCAAGACCUAUCUAUCAGAAUCAGUAGGCUUCAAGGGAAGAAUAGUGAUGAUAACAAUGAAGAAGAGGCAGUGAAUUGCUGGGAUUCGCUAUUGGAGUUGAAAUCUUGUAGCAAUGAGAUUGUUCUGUUCUUGAAUGGUGAGUCUCACCUUGGUCACGAAUGUUGCCAUGUAAUUUAUGUGUUUACACGUAAUUGUUGGCCUGCAUUGCUCACUUCUUUCGGUGUCACUGUUGAAGAAACUAAUAUCUUACGAGGCUACUGUGAUGCAGCUGCUCCUUCUGAUCAUGAUUCAGCUCCUGCUUCCACACCUGUUCCACCUGCAAAAUGUGUUAUAUAG